AUGCGGACAAGAGAGGCCAAAAACACAGACAUUCUGGAUGUGAUUCUUGAGGGAUGCUCAAUAAAUGCAAACACCAAGCAUGAUAUCGUGAAGAAGGCUAAACUCAGAACUGACGGAAGAACGGUCUGUGUAAAUGACAGUGUUACCCUUAGUUUGGACCAAUGGGUCGCCUGUCAGCGACAAAAAAAAGAGUCCAAGUUUGUGAGGAGUCUGGCUACUGCCAUAUGGGGACGCAAUAUUUUGAAAAAUCGAUCUACGAGUGGCAAGGUGUCUAACCGUUUGAUAAAUGAUGGAGGUGCUGCGAAGCCACCACUGACUCCAACAAAACUUAAUGUGCUAGAAGCAUGCUAUGAGGACUGGCUACGUGAACAUGGCGCCAGUGGCGAUGUGUUGGCUGAGCGGAUGGCAGCAAUGACCACACACAUAAACAGCGCCGUACGUGACCUGGGCCGUGACGUGCGGCAUGCGCUAGGUACUGACCAAGAAUAACGGACCAAGUGUCUCUGGAACUAUGCUUGUCAAGGACGACGCUUCCUAUGUUUCCACAUGUAUUAUUUCAGAAAAGUAAAAUUUGUGUUUCAA